CUCUAGUGAUUGACUUGUCUUUCUUUUCUGUUUGUUUUGUUGCUGUUUCCCUACUUGUAGGGAAAGUUUUAUUUGCAGUGUAUGGUUAUUAGAAUGGGGGUAUUUUGUUUAUUUUGUUGUCUCUUGGGCGGUUUCCCAUUAUUGGGAUUAACUGGUCCAAUUGAUGAUUUUCAGGCUGCUAAAUGGGAGUAUGAUUCUCCAUCCCAGACGUCUGUGGCUAAGUUUGCACCAGGGUCUUCAAAACCAAUGCUCUUUAUGCCUGCUGAAGGUGUUCCAUUUUUUGCAACUCCUUUUCCAAAAAGCAUUUUGGAUCCUGGAGUACUGACUGGUUCUAGUGCAAAACUACCACCAGCACUGAAGGCUUUGUUGAACCCGAGACCUCAAAGGCCUGUGGUGCCACAACCUGCAUUUCACAAAUCUGAUGUGUCUUUGACUUGCAACCUCUCUAAAAUGGUGGUGAGGGUUAAAAAGGCAUUCUUUGGGUUUGGCUGUACUGAGGCUGACCUUAUUCUUGGUAAUAACUGCAAAAGCAAUGGCAAAGAUGAAGCCACUGGAGACCUGCUCUUUAAUUAUCCUCUGAAUGUUUGUGGUGGUAAAAGAUUAAUGCAUGAGGGAUGUCUGAUGUAUGAGAAUGUACUCCAUUCCCAACCAGAAAAAGUGCUAGGAGUAAUCCGUAGAAAGCAGCCUGUCAAUAUUACUCUGAAAUGCUGUUUUUUCAGGUACUACCAUGUAUACAAAGGCGCAGUGCACCCUACCUGGAGUGCCCCCUCUGGUGUGCGGACUCUUCAUCAUUCUUCUGGCAUGGUUUUGAAGUUGAUGGAUGCUACAUUUUCUAAGCCAUCUGAAGCUAAAUAUCAUUUGGGUCAAGAAAUCCACUUUAGUGCAAUUAGUUACCCUAACAGUACCAGACAAUGGCUCUUCCUUCAAUCCUGCUUUGCAACCCCUGGUCCAAAUCCUAAUUCUAGACUGCAGUACACAGUAAUUGACAACUAUGGGUGUAUGGUGGAUAGUAAACAGGAAAGCUGCACCUCCAGAUUUGAGAGGCCAAAGAUGCCUAAUGUAGUCUCCUUUACAGUAUCUGCUUUCCAGUUUAAUGACCACAAGCAGGUUUACUUUCACUGCAAGAUGUUCAGAAAGAGAAACCCAGAUGUGACCAACACUGCCAAGUUCUGCACUUACAACAAAAAACUGGCAAGGUGGCAGGAGCUUAAUGGUCAUGACAGAGUAUGUGAAUGCUGUGACUCAGUCUGUGGCCCUUCAGAAUAUGAUGAAGUUACUGAAAGCAAUGGCCCAGUGGUGCUGGAGGUCAGCCAUGAUGACCAUGAAGGGGCUGGCCACGGCCAUUACGGCGGGCACCAUGAAGGGGCUGGCCGGCCAUUACGGCGGCGGGCACCAUGAAGGGGCUGGCCACGGCCAUUACGGCGGCGGGCACCAUGAAGGGGCUGGCCACGGCCA